AUGGUUUUAGCAGAUUUAGGAUCAAGAUUGAGGGGUGCUUUGUCAUCUGUGGAAUCUGGUUCUGAUGACGAGAUCCAGCAAAUGAUAAAAGAUAUCUGUUCAGCACUUUUAGAAUCAGACGUCAAUGUUAAAUUAGUUGCCAAGUUGAGAGGCAAUAUCAAAAAUAAAAUCGACGAAUCCAAUGUAUCUAAAGAAACUUCAGCUAUGAAUAAACGUAAAAAAUUACAAAAGAUCAUUUUCGACGAAUUGUGUGCGUUAGUUGACUCCAAUGUCGAACCUCCAAAACCAAAGAAACUUUCUACAUCAACCAAAACUAUCAAUGGGAAAAAAGUGAGAUUGUCAAAAGAAUCAAGUCACGUUAUUAUGUUUGUUGGUUUGCAGGGUGCGGGUAAAACCACGUCAUGUACCAAAUUGGCUGUCUAUUAUAAGAAGAGGGGAUUCAAAGUUGGUUUAGUGUGUGCCGAUACUUUCAGAGCUGGUGCUUUUGAUCAGUUGAAGCAGAAUGCCAUAAAGGCAAAUAUACCUUACUAUGGUUCGUAUUUGGAACCAGAUCCAGUUAAGAUUGCAUUUGAAGGGGUUCAAAAAUUCAAACAAGAGAAAUUCGAUAUUAUAAUUGUCGAUACUUCAGGAAGACAUAGACAAGAAGAACAAUUGUUUACAGAAAUGGUUCAAAUUGGAGAAGCUGUCCAACCAACCCAAACCAUAAUGGUGAUGGAUGGAUCUAUAGGUCAGGCUGCAGAAUCACAAGCUCGUGCAUUUAAAGAAAGUUCUAAUUUUGGGUCAAUCAUAUUAACCAAAAUGGAUGGUCAUGCCAAAGGAGGUGGUGCUAUUUCUGCUGUUGCAGCUACAAAGACACCAAUUGUCUUCAUAGGUACUGGUGAGCAUGUGGGUGAUUUAGAGAUUUUCAAACCAACCACAUUUAUUUCAAAACUUUUAGGUAUUGGUGAUAUUCAAGGUUUAAUUGAACAUGUUCAGUCAUUGAAUUUGCACCAAGACGAAGGACAUAAACAAACAAUUGAACAUAUAAAGGAAGGUAAAUUCACAUUGAGAGAUUUCCAAAAUCAAAUGAACAAUUUCUUGAAAAUGGGACCAUUAACAAAUAUAGCAUCGAUGAUUCCUGGUCUUUCCAAUAUAAUGUCACAAGUGGGAGACGAAGAAACAUCGAAAAAGAUCAAAAAUAUGAUUUAUAUCAUGGAUUCAAUGACCAUCAAAGAACUAGAAAGUGAUGGUAGAAUAUUCAUAAAGGAACCAAGCAGAAUCGUCAGAGUAGCGAGAGGUUCUGGGUGUGCUGUUGUCGAAGUGGAGAUGAUAUUACAACAACAUAGAAUGAUGUCAACUAUGGCCAAAUCUGCCAUGGCUGCACAAGGUGGUCAACCAGGCCAACCAGGAAACCCAAUGGCCAACAAUCCACAAAUGCAAAGAAUGAUGCAACAGGCUCAAUCAAACCCAAAUUUUAUGCAACAAGCCAUGAAUAUGUUAGGAGGCGCCGGUGGCGGUGCUGGUGGCGCUGGGGGAUUAGCUGGAAUGAUGAACAACCCUGCUAUGAUGCAACAAGCACAACAGAUGAUGAGACUGAAUCCUCAAAUGAUGCAACAGGCUCAACAAAUGAUGAAAAAUCCAGGAAUGAUGCAAAAGAUGAUGCAACAGUUUGGUGGUAUGGGUGGUAUGUAA